GUUCGAAAACACAGAAUUUAUUCGGUUCCAGCACGUGCGCGGUUUUUGAUUUCUGGUAAUUUAUUUAUUAAAAAAACUAAGAAAAAUGUCAAGCCCGGAGCGUGAUGAGCCACUACUCUACAUGGAGGAGCAUCGUGUCAAACAGGACCCGCACGACUAUGGCCUGGCAGAUGAGGUGUUUACCAUGGAACUGUUCAAAAACAAAAUGCAAAUUGUCAUUGUGAAGAACGACGAGGAUGGUCUGGAAUUCGACUUGAUUGGUGUUUACCCCGCCAUAGCCAAUGCCUUCCGCCGUCUUAUGCUGAGCGAAGUGCCCAGCAUGGCCAUCGAGAAGGUGUACAUCUACAACAACACUUCGAUCAUCCAGGACGAGGUCCUGGCCCAUAGAAUGGGUCUGCUGCCGCUGCGAGCUGAUCCCCGUCUGUUCGCUUAUCGCACAGAGGAAAGCCCCGAAGCGGGUACCGAACAGGACACGCUGGAAUUCGAACUGAAAGUGAAGUGCAGCCGCCGACGAGACGCCGGAAAAGAUCAGACGAACUUUGAUGAUAUUUACAAAAACCACAAGGUCUACUCUGGCCACUUAAAGUGGCUUCCCAAGGGCAAGCAGGCACAGAUCUACACCGAAAGCGCCGUGGGCUGCAUCCACGAAGACAUUCUGAUUGCACAGCUGCGACCUGGCCACGAGCUGGAUUUGCGAUUGGUAGCCGUCAAGGGUAUAGGCCGUGAUCAUGCCAAAUUCUCGCCGGUGGCCACGGCCACGUACCGAUUGCUGCCGGAAAUCAGGCUCAAUCGGGAGGUUUCCGGCAAGGAUGCCUAUCUCCUGCAGAGCUGCUUUUCGCCCGGAGUGAUAGGGAUCAACGAGAACGAGUGCGCCUACGUGAAAGAAGCGCGUUACGACAGCUGCAGCCGGAAUGUGUAUCGUUAUCCGCAGUUGAAAGAUGCCGUAACCUUGGCGAGAGUGCGUGAUCACUACAUCUUUACGGUGGAGUCCGUGGGUGCGCUGAAGCCGGAAGUUAUCUUUCUGGAGGCCGUCAAGGUGCUAAAAAAGAAGUGUCGUGCGUUUAUUGACGAAAUUGAAGCGGAAUAGUUGUUUAUUUAGUUAUUUAAAGAAAUAUAAACUUAUAUGUAUGUACAUAAGA